AUGUAUAAUCAUCUUGCUGAAACAAGUAGUGCUCCACAAAGAAGAAAAAAUCAAAAGAGUUUGGUGGGGAGUGCUGCUCAUAGAAAAAAGACCAACAAACUACAUUUUCAUGACACCGAUGAUGAGGUUAUUAAAAGAUUGGAAGAAUGUCCACGUUUGACAGAAUCUUUAAUCAAAAAAAUUUUAACAGUCCUUGAACAAAAUCCAUAUGUGAAAUUUUUGAAAAGGCUUAGGGAUAUACCCGAUUUAGAAACUUAUGAAAUAGUUUUGAAAACUUUGCCUAAUGUUGAUCAAAGAGUCUUUAACCAACCUCAAGUUUCUCAAAUUGCUGCACUGUGGGUUGAGGGAGAGGAAAAUGGA